AUGUGUUUAUGUGUCUAUGCAGUCUGCUUUGCGAUGGGCAUAUGGACUUGUAUCUCCAUUCAUAUUCUGUCCAUUGUGGCCGGCGCCAUUCAAAUUGUCUUAGCUAUGAUAGUUCUUAUCUUCGAGGUUCCUGUAUGCUGUCAAUUUUUCCAGCUGACCCGACCUAUUUCUCAGUUCUCUGAUAGGGUGUCCAGUAUGCAGAGGGCAUUCAUAUUUUCUGGGCUUGCCAUAAUUCCUGUAGCUCUAUAUUUCACAGUUAGCACUGUGAUUGGCUGCGGCCUGGUAUUUUCUGUCGGAGUUAUUUAUGGAUUGAUGGCCCUUGGGAAAAAGUAA